AUGUCGGAAGCACAGCCCUCAGAAUCCUGUCUCACAUGGGUUCAGUAUGGGCAAAAGUGCUCCCCCUUGGCGCCCUGUCGCAACUGUAGGCGGGAUCUGGAUUCGUACCAUGCGGUCGCGACGACGAGCCCCGAUAGCUCCGACUACUAUCGUGACCUCCUGGGUGACUUGUUUACCCUGAUCCAGUCUCGCGAUCCCACUCGCACGGAGGAGUUGCUGCAGAUGAUUCGUGAUCGAGCGAGCUUUCAGCAGGUCCGCGCGUACCUCGACCAGGCCCUCACUGUCAGUCAUCCACCCGAGCAACCGGACGGAGCCUCGCAAGUGCUGCAGAAGCUGCAGCAUGGCUACGAGGUCGAGAGCGGCGCUCCGCCAUUUCGCCCAAAGGUCAUGGAUGUGCAUUAUCUCUGCGACUUUGCGCCGUACAAGGUGCCUGCGCUGCCGUGGACCACUGCGACAAACGACGACGCUCUAGUGUCGCAUCUGGUCUCGCUGUACUUUGCGUGGGAUUAUCCGUUCUACGCCUUUAUCGACUGCGACAUCUUUCUUGCCCAUAUGGCAAAGGGCGAUCCGUUUUCCGACUUUUGUAGUCCGUUUCUUGUCAAUGCCCUGCUUGCCCAGGCUUGCCACUACUCUCAAUACUCCGAGGCGUACACUGUACCAGGAGACGUCAAAACAAAAGGCACCGACUUUCUCGCAGAAGCCGAACGCUAUCUCGAAAACAGUCGGUACCAAAAAGGCUCCGUCGUGCGGUUAGCUUCACUGCAAGCAACAAUUAUCCUAUAUGAAAUGUACUCCAUGGCCGGCAUCGACGACUACGGGUACAUGAUGCUCAACCAAGCGCUGGAGAUGGCCGAGGCGCUCGGAAUCAUCAACAAUCCCAGCCUCGAUGUCGAAAAGCUGGGAUUCUCCGAUGAGAUGCUGAGGUCCCUGCAACGGACGGCUUGGGGCUUGUUCCAGAUAGACACGAUAGUCCACGCCAACUUUCUACGACCCAGUCGAGUCACUGAAGUCAGCCUCGACCGCACCGAUCGCAACACCUCCGACUCGACGGAUCUCUGGAUCCCGUACCCCAUCGACCGGCGACCGCGGCCAUCGUGGCUAAGCCAAUGUUUCGACGACGCCUGCGACCUCUCCUUCAUCGCCCGCGACAUCUCGCGCGUGCUCGGCGCCGGCGCAAAACGCGACGCGAACAUCCCCGAACGCAAAGAAGACUUCUACAACCAGCUCUGGCAAUGGAAAGCCAAUCUCCCCGCUACCUUCGACCCAGCGCGCAAGCCCGCCGCACACAUCAUCGUCCUGCAGAUGCGGUACCACGCGCUCUUGAUAAAUCUGUACUGCGACUCGUUUACGAAUGAACAACCCUUCAAAUCCCAACCCGGGCAUAGGCGACACACGGAUCCGACCGAGUUACGGGCCCUCAAGGCGGCGCUUACAUCCGCCCGCGAAAUCAGUGCGCUAGCUCAACUGCACAGAGACGAGUACGGCGUCGACCGCGCGCACCAGUUCGCCAUGUACGCCGUCAUGCUUGCGCUCUUUGCCUUCCUCGAACAACCUGUUUUCAACGUGCUGGACCACGACUUUUGCUCGCUGACCAGCACGUUCUCAAUCAUUGCGCGACGAUCCCAUGUCGGGGUAAAGAUCUUCCAGAUCUUCCGACACUCCGUCCGCUCGCGACUCCGUGCCGAUCGUGGCGAUCACCGAGCGGGCAUGCGCGAUAUCGCGAACCUCCCGGCCGGGUUAAAGGAGCUUUUCCUGGAUGACGCCGAGGCGAUAGUACCAGCGCACCGCGAGGGGUACACGGAGAACCCGGACAAACUCACCGAUGAGGAAGCUGGUGUUGGACAGGAGUAUACGGCGUCGGGGAUAGGCGAUAUGCUUGCCAUGUAUGAGAAGCUGAGUGUAGGCAAGGAGUCGGAUUUUGAGGGGCGGCACCGCUCCGCGGAUGGGUUUCGGUUUUCGCCGUCGCCGCCGCGAUGA